AUGCACGAGCCGAAACCCAACCCCAGCGUGGAAGAUGCUCGCGAUGUUGAGAUUGCGUCUGAUGACAUCGACGAGCAGCACUUUGACGCAUCAUACCGCAGUCGCCAGGAGACAGCACUGGUCUGGAAACAAGACCUGCGCAUUGUUCCUCUAUGUGCAUCGAUCUAUCUUCUCUGCUAUCUAGAUAGAUCUAACAUUGGAAAUGCAAAAAUCCUCAACCAAAAUACGCACAAUGACCUCCUCACUGAGACUAAGAUGACCUCGUAUCAAUACACGAUUGCGCUUAUGGUAUUCCUCAUAGCUUAUGCGCUGUUCGAAGUCCCUUCGAACUACUUUUUGAAGAAGCUUAGGCCGAGUAGAUGGAUUGCGUUCCUGAUGCUGUCAUGGGGCGCGUGCACAAUGGGCUUGGGAGGAGCCCAUAACUUCGCUCAGGUCACCGGCCUGCGUUUCCUGCUAGGAGUAAUGGAAGCGGGACUCUUCCCUGGCCUGGUCUACUACCUGACUUUCUGGUAUCGGCACUCCGAGCGCUCCAUGCGCGUGGCCUUGAUCCUCGCAUCCGCUACCUUAGCUGGCGCCUUUGGCGGUGCAAUCGCAUACGGCGUGGGCCACAUGAACCAGGUACAUGGACUAUCAGCAUGGCGAUGGCUAUUCAUCAUCGAAGGAGCGCCCUCGUGCGCUUCAGCCGUUCUAGUCUGGUUCUUCCUUCCCGAUUACCCCGAAUCAGCUCGUUGGCUCACACAAGAAGAGAGAGACCUCGCCGCUCAACGACUGCGAACCGAAGGCUCCAAAGGAGCAGCCAAAGCCAUGACUCGGGAGGAUGCCAAAGCCGUGCUAACAGAUUGGCGUCUGUACGCACACUAUGCUGUCUAUUUCGGCAUAUCCGCCCCCUUCUCCAGUCUUUCUCUCUUUACGCCCGCAAUCACCAGCGGUCUUGGGUAUACCAACCUACGCGCACAGCUCAUGACAGUGCCCCCAUGGGCGGUAGCCUAUGUCGUGACAACAGCCGCAGCCUGGUCCGCAGAUCAUUUCAACAGCCGUGGUCUCCAUUCCGCCGUCUUCUCCUUCAUUGGCGCCAUGGGCUUCCUAGCAUCCGCCGUCCUCCCACCAGACGCUUACAUAGUACCUCCCCCCGCCUUUCCAACCCUUCCCUUGGCAGACCCUACAGGAAAUCCACUAACAUCAGUGAACCAGCACCGCUACGGCUGCCUCAUCGUCGCCACCAGCGGCGCCUUCGCCUGCAUCCCCCCGCUUCUGGGCUGGCUCUCCUCCAACCUCCGCUCCACAGCCGGCACCGGACUAGCAAUAGCCCUGAACGUGUCCUUCGGCGCCCCGGGCCAAAUUGUUGGCGUGUGGAUUUACAAAGCCAACGAAGCAAAGAGGGGAUACCCAACGGGCCACUGGACUAAUGCUGGGUUACUCCUGUUUGUUUGUGCGGGGUGCAUCAUGCUCCGAUGCUAUUACGGGUGGUUGAACCGUAGAGACAGAGCAAGCGGGAGAAGAUUUGCUUAUUGA